AUGCCCAUCCGCCCCGUCGCCAGUGUCGCCCGCCCUCUCGCUCGCUCACUGCUCACCUGCGCGCAACGCCCACCGAAAGCCACCCGCAUCUCGCUGAUCUCGGCUCCCAUCGCCUUCCCCACACCCAGACUUAGCGCUCGCACCAUGUCUUCCUCGGCUGCUGCGACUACCCACCUCCCCAACCCCGAGCCCAGCCCCGCUGGCCAGGUUCCCGGCCAGGGCAAGCCCAACCUCCACCUCUACACCUGGGGCACGCCCAACGGCUACAAGGUCUCGAUCCUGCUCGAGGAGCUCCGCGCCGCCUACCCCGAAGAGGCCAAGAACAAGCUCGCUUAUGACAUGAUCCCCGUCGACAUCAGCACGAACGUUCAGAAGACCCCCGAGUUCCUCAAGGUCAACCCCAACGGACGCAUUCCUGCGCUCAUCGAUGACAGCCAGAACAAGCUUGACGUCUGGGAGUCUGCCAGCAUCGAGCUCUACCUGCAGUCGCAGUACGACCCGGACAACAAGUUCUGGUUCUCGGACGUGAAGGGUCGCUCUGACGCCCUCUCGUGGAUCUUUUUCGCCCACGGCGGUGUCGGCCCCAUGCAGGGCCAGGCGCACCACUUCUACCGCUACGCGCCCCUCAAGAUUCCCUAUGGCAUCAAGCGCUACAUCGAGGAGACGGAGCGCCUGUACUCUGUUCUGGAGGCCGGACUCGAGAAGGGCAAUGGCUGGCUCGCGGGCGGCAAGUACUCGGUCGCCGACAUCAACGUCUACCCCUGGGUCCGUAGCUACGCCUGGGCCGGCAUCGACAUCUCCAAGUACCCCCGCCUCGGCAAGUGGAUCAAGACCAUCGAGGAGCGCCCCGCUGUCCAGAAGGGUCUUACCGUCCCCAACCCCCCGCGCGCUGGCACCAGUGAGGAGGAGCUCGAGAAGAUCGCUGCCGACGUUGCCAACUGGAAGGACAAGGCGGAGAAGGAGCUCGAUGACGAGAAGAAGAAGCUCGAGCAGGAGAAGGCCCAGAAGAGCUCUUAG